UAACACUAGUGAUAUAACAAUGUAAGAGGCCAAUAAUGACUAGUCCGAGACGAUCUAAAAAGAGUGGCCAGUGUGUUUUACAGCACUUAGACUGGGAUUCUCCAUCAGCCGCAACGGGGACGGUUAAAAGAAGAUCUUCUUGCCCUGAAAAUUCGUCGAAGAAAUCUCAAAAGAAAGAUGAAGGCAUAUUUGAAGUCCAAACACCGUCGGACUCUGGCAGUGGGACUUCGAGAAGUCUUGACGAAAACGAUAAAUCCGAUUCCCUUAUUGAAGUAGAAGAAAGGAUAUCAUGUAUUAUAAAUGAAAAUAGAUCAUCCCAAAGUAAUUCCGAAGCAAGUGAUGUGGACAUCGUUAUCGAUAGUAUUUUAGAAAAUCCAAUAAGAGAUGACUUAUUGGGUCACAAUGACUUAUUUGGUACUGAUCGAAGUAAAACCUUUAUAAAGUCAACUAAUCCUUUGUUAGAUAGAAAAAAUGUAAAUAGUGAUGAUGUUAGUAAAAAAGUGAAAGAGAAACGGCUGAGUACCCCUGUACAAAUAAAAAAAAUCAAUAAGUCUUUUGACUUUGUAAAAAGUACCAAAAGUACAAAAAUAGAUAGAUCACACGAUAAAUCCAGCGUACUACCCGUUUAUAAAAGCACAAUACAGGAAUGCUCAGUAGAUUUAAGCGGUAACAGUCAAAAGAAGAAGAAUUCUAAAUUAAAACUACCAUUUUCACCUGCAAAGGCCAUGGAUAAACCAAAGACAUUUUUCCAAAGUAAAACCAGUUUACAGGAAACCAAACCAUCACCUUUACUGUCUUCACCGAUAAGGAGAACUAUAUCAAAUGAGUAUGUACGUUUAAAAUUUACAAACGACACAGUUGUGCGACGAACAAUCGACGGAAAAUCUGUACAAAAGAUUACACCUAAGAUACAAUCAAUAAUACCCGAAAGUCCAAUAGACAAUGAAGACCCAUUUCUAAAUCUUAGUCCAAAUAAAAAAUACACUGUAACUGUUAAUAACAAAGUUAGAUGUGAUAAGGAUAAUUACGUUAUAUUCGAUCCGAAGACUGGAUUUAAGCCCGAAGAAUUAUCUAAGCAAUCAAGGAUUCCUUCUAAAUGUGCUGAAAAAUCGAAAAUCCCUUUGAAAUCGCCAGUAGGUGAAAAAUCUUUGGUUACAAGAAAAUCAGUGAGUGUUAGUGACACGGAUAGUGGCAUUUUGUCCCCUAAUUCCCCAGGUGAAACCAGUGAAAAUGUGUCUUCAUAUUACGUGAACGCCGCAGUGUUCAGUGAAACAGCAAAAAAGUGCGCAUCGGAUUUGGACAUCAAAAUCGUCGAUCCAGCAAUUGCUAGAAAAGCCACGGAACAAAUCAAGAUCUACACAGACUGGGCGAACCACUAUUUGGAGCGCGCGCGCUCGCGUCGUCGAGCGGGCACGUCAGGAGGAGGUCUAGCGAGGGAUUGUGCAGAUGGACUUCUACUUGCCGAUGUACUGGAGGGUGUCACUGGGCAGAAGGUUACAAGAGCUCAUCGGAAACCACGAAAUCCGCAACAAAUGUUGGAAAACGUCCAGUGUUGUUUGGAUUUCCUACACGCGCAAAAAGUCCAAGGACUGGAACAAGUCACAGCUGUUGAUAUUCGGGACGCAAAACUAAAAGCAGUCUUGGCGCUCUUUUUUGCAUUGAGCCGACAUAAACAAGCAUCGAAGCAAAGAACUGUGCCAUCUAGCGGCAAUGUGUCGAACGCGGGGAAGAGUUCAAACGAAGACGCGUCUUUGAGCUCCGUCCAGCGGAUAACAGGUGGCAGCAGCGAUGAGAUACUGACAGCCUGCGGAAACAACGUCGAAAUGACAACAUUAACAGCAAAUAGACAGGUGUCGGUGCUACAGACGUCGAUACCUUUGCCGGCGUCGGCCGCGGCGGUACGCAGAGCGCCUCCGGACAAAAGACCGCUACCUGCUACCCCAGUGCAUGGAGGCAAAAGCGGUCUUUCAGCAAGUUCUAGUCGAUCUACAAGUCCACUUGGUCAGGGAGCCAUCAGUUUUAUACCACGAGCGCCAAACUCAUCAUCUGGGUCACGACCCAAUUCGUCGUUACUUGCACCUGGUAGUAAAAUACCUUCCACCUUAACACAAACUCAACAAAACACUCAAAAUACCAACAGCCAGAAUGGCACGCCAACUAAACAGUCCAUGUUAGAUAAAUUAAAAUUAUUUAAUAAAGAUAAAAUAAGUAGUGAGAAACAAAGUAGCAAAAGUACAGUAGUAUCAAAACGCACCAGUUCCUCUAGUGGUUUCUCAUCUGCAAAAAGUGAGAGAUCUGAUUCCAGUUUAAGCUUAAAUGAGUCUGCAAAUGCUACAAACACUCAUAUCAAAUCUUCUAAUUUAAUAGGUCCUAAAAGUAUAAGACAACAAAAUGACCCCUCAUCAAAAGAUAAAACAAGUAAGAAUGUAAAAACUAAAUUAGUUAAUUCAAAAGUAGUUAAAGAAUCUUCCACAAAUGCUAGUAAAUCUAAUGCUAAAUCGAAUAGCAAUGAAAAAUCAAGAAAUAGUCCAAAAUUACCCGCUCGGGAUACGAAGCUAUCCACACCUAAAUCUGUCAGUAACACAAAAUUAAAUCAAAUCGAUGAUCAUUGCAGAAAUUCCAAAUCGAAAAUAGAGUCGAAAAUGGUGAAAGUUUCGGGAAACCAAAUGAAAUUUAGCGAUCAGCGAUUAGAAAAUAGCAUGGACUAUAAGACUUAUGAAAAUACAAAGAAUCAGUCUAAUCAAUUGCAGUCUCCUUCCCCUUCAAACGGGCCGUCUCUACCAUUACAAAAUCAUACCGGAAUUCCCAAGCCAACUGCCGCAGUAAAGGGAACUUCGAAGAUAUCUAAGGAAGAGAGACAUAAUAUUUUACAUAAAAGUACAAAUAGUCAAUUAAGCCCCAUACAAAGCAAUUCUAGUUUAAACUCUACAAAUAAUGUUCUUCCGUUCUCAAGGGAACAAUCUAAUUUGAAUAAAGAAGUUUCACAGAAACAAACGCUAGCAGUUUCCCCGAUGCCUGUUAGUAAUUCAGGAAAUCAAAACCCUACUUCUCAAAUGUCAGAAAGUUCUCAUUCAAAUUCAACUCACAGUACGACGGGGCAACAAUCGAAUUCUAGUGACGGCAGUGUUAUAUAUCGACCAUCAAGUGAAUCAGGGUCAGAAAUAUCAAAAAGUAGUAAUUUGGCAACUAACAGAAGACUGGAUAUGAACACAACGUACAUCAACGAUGUUAUUAAUGAGGCAGAGAUAUCAGAAAAAGAGGCAGCUCAAAAGAGAAUGCUGGAUAAACCUAGUCCUAGGCCAAUAUUUGAACUAAAUAAAACAUUAACUGAGUAUGACAAAAGCGACAGUAGUUCAAGCACCCCCACACACUGUCGGGAGAAUUCUCUAGGAGAUGAUGAGAAUCCACUAAUGAAUGUAUUGCCUAUGAGGCCGUUACUCCGAGGGUACAAUAGUCAUUUAACUUUGCCAAUGCGAACUUCUGGCUUAGCGCAAAAAAACAUUCCAGGAUAUCCGCAUCAUGCAAACACAGUCAAAGCUAAUUUCGGCCGGGAAAACAUGGGUUUGCGUGAUCGUAUAAAUUACGGUCCCGGUUUUUCUAACCCCGAUUACUGUGACCUUGAAGUCGCCUCUGGCUAUAUGUCAGAUGGCGAUUGUCUCAGAAGAAUAAAUGUAAACGAAAUGGAUUGUGGACGAAAUAAUGAUAUAAUGGAUGGAUACAUGUCUGAAGGUGGUGCUUCACUGUAUGGACGAAGAAUCAACUACCAGCAACCAUCGCAGUUUCAGCUUGAUGACAGACGCGGUGGCGUUCGCAGAGGUAUGGAAGGCGGUAGUGGUGUGGUUUACCGCGUGGUAGGCCGCACUCGCAACAAGGCCGACUGUGGACAGCAGACCGAGAGGCAGCCGCCAACCCCCCGAGAUACCACGUGGAAGAAGUACACUGACUCACCCGGUGUUGGUGGCCCACCGUUGAACCAACAAGCACAAACUCCACCGAGCCCGUCUCACGGACGGAAGGGUGACCGACGUACUGGCCACCACUCGCCGCAACACCACAAAAGGGAGAAGCUCACUGCUGCCCAGCAACUUGGCAUUGCGCCACAUCCUCAGUAUCCAGCUCCUAAUUCGUCUAGUCAACAUUCCUCAAGAGGUGGAGGUUCGCAGUUACAGUCACCCAGUGGCCCUUCGUCGCGCCCAUCGAGUGUAUCAAGCGGCGGCAACGGCAGCACUUGUUCGUCAGGGAAGGCCAAAGUUCCUCAAAACUUCGGUUACGUGAAAAGACAAAAUGGCUCCCAGCCGCCGCCGCCGCCCCCUCCUAACGGACCUCCUCAACAUGGCCAUCCUGGCAGAACAGCCCAGGUGUCAGCGGUUCCUCGAACGAAAGUCAAAGUAUCUGGUGGUACUCAAACUUGUACACAGGACCUACAAAUACACAAAAACGGCAUCGGACCAAAAUCUUAUUCUCUCGGUGGUACAGCGGCUGCCCAGCUGUCUGCCUCCGUGCGGGAGAGACUACUGGGCUCGCAGUCCCUGCCCAAGCCUGGGACUCAUGAGUUCGCAGCGUUGUUCCAUCACCACAGAGCCGUUCCUCGAGGUGGGAUGAAGAUUAGUGACGGAAGCCUAUCUGAUACCCAAACUUACUCCGAGGUCAAAUCUGACUACGGUAUACCAUACGCACCAUGGCUGAGACAUAGCAACACUUACUCUGCAAGCGGCCGCUUAUCCGAAGGCGAGUCGAUGGAGUCCCUCACGUCCCUGCAUUCGGCGCAGGCGCACAACCACACAUCAUCUCCUAACUCACAUCAUCGCAGCUCACUCACACACAAUAAGCUCAUCAUGCACCGUGAUGCACAGAGUUCAAGACUGAACAGAAGCAACAGCAUUAGAUCAACAAAAUCUGAGAAACUGUACCCAUCUAUGUUGCAAAGAUCUUCGGAGAGUGACUACGAACCCUACUAUUGUUUGCCAGUACAGUACGGACCAGGAGGACAAGGUCUGAACUAUGGUGUGUCUGAGCCGCCCUCGCCGUCGCCGAGAUCAGCACUAAGCCCCACACAUCAGCCAGGGAACGUCAUGCACACUCCACGACACUCUCACCACUAUCCCAAGAAAAAUGACGAAGCGCAUGGAUCAACUGCGUCUUUGGUGUCAACGGCGUCAUCUUUAGCCGCAGGCGCCGGCAAUGAAGAAAGGCAUGCGCACGAGGUUCGCAAGCUGAGAAGAGAAUUGGGAGACGCCAAAGAGAAGGUCCAUACGCUGACGACGCAACUUACCACCAAUGCACAUGUGGUGUCAGCCUUCGAGCAGAGUCUCUCCAAUAUGACACAACGACUGCAGCAGCUAACGGCAACAGCAGAAAGAAAGGAUUCCGAGUUAACGGACCUUCGUCAGACGAUCGAGCUGCUUCGGAAGCAGUCGAUCCAGGCGGGUCUCACCACAGCGCAUAUGCAGUCCAUGGGAAUUCGAGCCGAUGGCGUCAAUGUCACGGGGCAGGAACCAAAUCCACCGCAAACACAACAGUUUUCACCACAAAGGCUGGCUCAAGGAAAUGGCGCAAUCACGCGACAUCUCUCUACUGACAGUGUUUCGAGCAUCAACAGCCUCAGUAGUGGAUCAUCAGUACCCCAUGAUAAAAAACACAAAAAGAAAGGCUGGCUGCGCUCAUCGUUCACAAAAGCUUUCUCGCGAAAUGCCAAGAUAUCUAAAACGGCGAAGCACUCCUCCCUCGGGCAACUGUCGUCGCAAGACAGCUCGUCGGGCUCGCACCACUACGACGACCCGCACACGAUCCGAGAAGGAAGCAACGAGAACAGUCUCGAACAUUCCCACGAAACUCUUGACAACUCCAAAGAUAAAACGACUUGCCCUGCAGCUAACGCCGAGGAACAAACCAAAGAAAAACAAGAUCAAGCCGUCUUAGUAGAUGAAUUGAAACGACAGUUACGUGAAAAGGAUUUGGUACUAACAGAUAUAAGGCUAGAAGCGCUAAGUUCGGCUCAUCAACUCGAAAGUCUUAAGGAUACAGUGAUUAAAAUGAGGAAUGAGAUGCUUAACUUGAAGCACAAUAACGAGCGUUUGCAGCGACUUGUGACGUCUAGAUCUCUUGCGGGAAGUCAGAGCUCAUUAGGCACAGGCGGCUCCGCUGUGGAAGAUCCAAGACGAUUCAGUCUGGCUGACCAAAGUACUAUGCAUCAGGCGGUGCUAGAUAUUCAUUCACAACCUCUCGAUUUAGACUUUAACUGUAUGUCUUCAACUCCUUCAAGAGAUCUUUCAAAGAAAGGCUCACCAAAAACGAGCAUAGUAGAACCGAUAUACGGUAAUAAAGCAGUUUGCGAACUCAAUGAAAACAGUGAAGCCUUAUUGGGAGCUUUAAAUGGUGCGAGUGACAUAUUUACAAACGGUCUGAGCGCCGGAGACAGAAUAAGUGGCGAUUACGAUAUCAAUACAGUGCUACCGCCCCCUAAAAGCCGUGAGUUGGCGAUAGGGGAAAGCUAUUCAGAUAUCGGUGUUGCCGAUAGUCAAGGAGAUACGACGGAUGGGAAGAAAAUAGCGAUCGCUGUGUAUUUGGGUCAGCCGGAAACAUUCCAAAGAUAUUUUGAAGAAGUGCAAGAUACUCUCACUGAGUCAGAGUGCAGAUUUUACGCCAAGCAAACGGCUAGCUCGUUCAAUAACCAUUUCGAUAAGCAGCCGAGCUUUGAUUCGCCGAGAAUUUCUCAAACACAUAGCCCCGAAAUAGAAACCCAAGAUUAUCCCCAAUCUAUUAAUAAGUCAAACACAAAUAGCCUUAAAAGUAAUAAAUCGACGCACAGUAAUUCUUAUAAGAACGUGUACAAUAGUGAUUCGACAAUAAACUGUAAUGAGUUUACCAUAGCGUACACGUAUAUAUCUGGCAAGACUACUUGGCAGAAUUUAGACUAUAUAGUUAGGAAAACAUUCAAGGACUAUUUGUCGAGGAUAGAUCCUGGAACGAAUCUCGGUUUGAAUACGGAUUCAAUAACGUCUUACCAUUUGGGAGAAGCGACCCGCGGUCCCGAAAUUGGUUUUCCCGAGUUAUUGCCCUGCGGCUAUAUUGUCGGGACCGUAAAUACAUUGUACAUUUGUUUACAAGGAGUAGGGAGCCUGGCAUUCGAUAGCCUCAUACCAAAAAAUAUUGUAUAUAGGUACGUUUCACUUUUAUCGGAACACCGGAGGGUAAUACUUUGCGGGCCGAGUGGUACUGGGAAAUCGUAUUUGGCGGCAAAAUUGGCGGAAUUUUAUGUACAGAGAACGCAGCGAAGAGGAAAUCCAGUAGAAGCCGUGGCAACGUUUAACGUGGACCGUAAGUCAUGUAACGAGCUACGCGCGUACCUCGCCAACAUCGCGGAGCAGUGUAGCGGAGCAGCGGCUGGGGAGGAGGCCCUGCCAGCGGUGGUCGUGCUGGACAAUCUGCAACACGCAUCAGCGCUGGGUGACGCCUUCGCUGGCCUCUUACCACCUGAUACCAGGAACAUGCCCGUUAUAAUUGGCACAAUGUCACAAGCAACGUGUAAUACAACAAACCUUCAAUUGCACCAUAACUUCAGAUGGCUUCUUACUGCCAACCAUAUGGAACCUGUAAAAGGAUUUUUAGCCAGAUAUCUUCGUCGGAAGCUAUUCUCAUUGGAGCUGCGAUUAGGCCGUCGUGAGCCAGCGUUGGCGGCAGUACUGGAAUGGCUUCCAGGGGUGUGGUCGACUCUCAAUGCAUUCCUAGAGGCGCACUCUUCGAGCGAUGUCACCGUCGGGCCACGACUCUUCCUCGCCUGCCCUAUGGACUUGGAAGCUAGUCAGGCGUGGUUCGCGGACGUGUGGAACUACAGCAUCGUGCCGUACGCGUCGGAGGCGGUGCGCGAGGGCGUGGCGCUGUACGGGCGGCGGCGGCACGCGGCCGUGGACCCGCUGCAGCACGUCAAGUCCAGCUACCCGUGGAGGGAGCCCAACCAUUCACAUACUUUGCGACCGAUUUCAGUAGAAGAUGCUGGUAUGGAAGAAGCUAAUCAAGAUGCGAACACCAACAGCAAUCAAGAUCCUUUGUUGAAUAUGCUGAUGAGGCUUCAGGAGGCAGCGAACUACAGUGGAAACCAAAGCCAGGACUCCGACAACGCCAGCAUGGACUCGAAUCUCACACACGAUAGCUCUAUGGGCAACGAGCUUUAACGUAUAACGUCCAACACCACAGAUAAUUAUGAAUACCAGCUUUAUAUACCAAGCUACUCUGAAACCUGUAGGCAAAAGACAAUUGAAUGUUAUCUAUGACAGCUAAAAUUGUUAAAUUAUGUCCUACAUUAUUAUUAAUAAUUAUUAGAGUAUUAAAAUAUUUGUGACAUGUAUACAAUUAUACAAUAUACAUACCUACUUAGUUCCUUUAAUUUCUAAAAGAAAAUAUAAGACAAUUUAUAAGUUAUAUCACAAAUCACAGGUAUAGUUCUGAUUAUGGUUAUAAAUUAAAAAUGGCAUAUUAAAAUUAUAGGUAUUUCUUCAUUUUGGUGGUAUUUAUAGUGCAUUUAAUUAAUACUGUCACAUGUUAACUAUAUUAUACAAAGCCAAAUAUUUGCCAUAUGUACAUUAUUUCUAUUUAUUUAUGAAGUUAAAACGCUUUAGUUUACUUUUUAGGUGCUUUAUAUUCUUGUAAAUUAAUAUACUUGCCUAGGUGUAAUAAAAUAUUAAUUAUUUCUUUUUCAUCAUGAAAGGAUUAGCUCUGCAUAUUUGUAAAUGACAGCAAAUAUCAUAAGCAAGAGUGCCAGCCUUUCUCUAUUCCAAAUACUUAUUAUUAUGAAAUUUUUAACAUUUAUGUUAAAAACUUUAAUACGAUGAUCUUUAAUAACUUUCGAGAUAAAACUACUAGUGCCUGAGCGAGGUAUUCCAAUAAUGUGAAAUAUUUUAACGGUGUAGUAACUGUUAAUGUUUAUAUAAAAACUUUGUGGCUUUUACUAUUGUUAUAUUUUUUCAAAGUUAGGAUAUCAACACGUUUGUAUUACUAUGAUAAUAUUGUAUGUAAUAUAUUAUUAUGAAAGUGUAAUUUUUAUACCAUUUUCGUAUAAAACUCAUGUACCUAAUGAUAAAAGUAAGUUGUAAAUAAAAAAAAAUGUUUAUUUAAUAUAAUUUUUUUUUCUAUGUGACAACACUAACCGCCAUUAUGCCAUAUAUUAAUUAUACAGCGUUGAUUUUGUAUAGAGAUGUGUAAGUAACUAAAUGUUACGGUGUUCGGUAUGGAUUUACUUGUGUGCGUAACAGAAAAGUGAUAUCUACAAUCUAUGCUUUACAGAAAUUGUGAAAAUAAACAUUGAUUACAUUAAAAA